AUGCCUUUCGGGUUGUGCAACGUGCCCACUGUGUUCCAACGGUACAUCAACCACGUGUUCCAGGAAUGGCUAGACAAGUACGUGGUGGUGUACCUAGAUGACAUUCUGAUUUACUCCCGUGACCUGGCUCGCCAGGAGGGUCAUGUUUGGACCGUGCUGCAGCGCUUGCGGGAGCACCGCCUGUAUUCGAAGCCCAGCAAGUGCAAGUUCCAUCAGCGGUCAGUGGACUUCCUCGGUCACCGACUCUCUCCAGAUGGGGUGCAGAUGGAUCCUGGGAAGGUGGCAGCGGUUCGGGAGUGGGCGGCACCUCGGAACCGCAAGGACCUACAGCGAUUCCUGGGGUUCGCCAACUAUUACAGGACUUUCAUUGCAGACUAUGCUCUUUGCACCACCCCGUUGACCCGACUGCUGCAUCCCAAGACGCCAUUUUCCUGGGACAAGGAGGCAGACGAGGCGUUUCAGGGGUUGAAAGCCUGUUUUCAGAGGGCGCCGAUUUUGCAGCAUCCUGAUCCCUCUCGACCCUUCGUGGUAGAGACCGACGCCUCCAGCACAGCUCUUGGUGCCGUCUUGUCUCAGCAGCACGGACCUGAUGUGCCACUUUUACCCUGCACCUUCUAUUCCCGCCAGCUCCUUCUGGCGGAGUGUAACUAUACCGUGUGGGAGCGGGAACUACUGGCCAUCAAGGUGGCUUUUGAGGUCUGGCGCCACCAUCUUGAGGGGCCACGACACCCAGUGGACGUGCGAACCGACCACCGGAACCUGGAGUACCUUCAGACCACCCGCAAGCUGAACCAAAGGCAGAUCCGGUGGGCGUUGUUCUUCUCCUGGUUCCAGUUCCGGAUCCGCUACAUCCCUAGCUCCCAAAAUCAGAAGGCGGAUGCCCUGUCCUGGAAACCCGAAGACAUCGCAGACACGGUACGGCAAGCAGUACCAACCACGAUCCUACCACCGGCUGUGUUCCUGGCCACUCAGGAGGCUGAGCCACUGCAAGCUCGGGUGCGGGAACAGCAGCGGGUCGACGCUUGGGCUCAAGAACGACUCCGGGAACUGGCCGAAGGGUCAUGCCCUCAGUAUCCGGGGCUGGUAUUGCACCAGGUCCUACUGCUGCACCACGGUUGCCUGUACAUCCCGCCAGGGCCACUGCGGGCUGAGGUCCUCCGGAUGACCCACGAUGCCUCAGCGGCAGGACACUUUGGGCGGUAUCGGAUGACCCAUCUGGUAAGCCUCGAGUUUUGGUGGCCCCACCUGAAGGCUGACGUGGCUCGCUACGUUGCUAGUUGUGAUGUCUGCCGGUGGGCCAAGGGCCCUACCGAGCGACCCCCCGGCCUACUUCAGCCUUUGCCAGUCCCACCACAUCCAUGGCACACGGUUUCGCUGGACUUUGUGGUGGAUUUACCCCCGUCUCGUGGCUGUACCUGCCUCCUAGUUUUCUCAGACCAUUUCACUAAGAUGGUGAACUGUGCCCCCUGCCCAUCCGUACCCAAAGCUAAGGAAACCACUCAGCUAUACCUUCAGCAUGUCUUCCGCCUGCAUGGCCUACCUGAGCGUGUGGUGUCCGACCGGGGCGUCCAGUUCACAUCCCGUUUCUGGCGAGCGUUGCACCAGACCCUUGGGACAGAGGUCUGUCUAUCGUCAACCUACCACCCACAGACCGAUGGCCAGACGGAACGGGCGAACGCGGUGCUGGAGCUGUACCUCCGGUGUUACUGCAGCUACCAGCAGGAUGACUGGGUCGACCACCUACCGUUGGCGGAGUUCGCUUACAACAACGCGGUGAAUGCGUCCACCCAGCAGACCCCGUUCCAG